CAGAUAACUCAUGUCGGACUUUUACUCAUGAACGUACCACGCGUACGGCAUGCACCACACCACACCCUAUAAAUACCCUCCCUCACAACCUCAAAACCACACACAUCAUCAUCAUCAUCACAAAACCCAUAAACCCUCUCACCAAACCUUCAUUCACAACACAACACAACACAACACAUUUCUGCGAUCAUAGCUAUUAUGUCGAUGAAGUUGUGGGCUUCUCUCACCCUUGCGGUGUGGCUAAUCACUGCCACGUCAUCACUGGCACAAUCCAACUACGUUCUCGACACAAACAACGAACCCCUCGAAAGCGACGAGGAGUACUACAUAAGGCCAGCGAUAACGGACAACGGAGGCCGUUUCACCUUGAUCGACCGAAACGGCACGUGCCCUCUGCACGUGGGCCUCGAAAACACCGACACGCCACAGGGCUACCCCGUGAGAUUCACCCCUUUCGCCACUGACGACGACGACGUGAGGGUUAAUAGGGAUCUGAGAGUGACGUUCGUGGAAGUUUCCUCGAUCUGUGUGCAAACCACCGAGUGGAGGGUGGGUGAGAACGACACCACGACUGGGAGGAGACUCGUUGUAACUGGAAGAGACAAUAGAACAGGAUCGUAUAGUAACUAUUUCAGAAUAACACAAAACGGAACAUUGUAUAACAUCGAGUGGUGCCCUACGGAAGUGUGCCCUACUUGUAGGUUCAUCUGUGGCACUGGUGGCAUUCUGCGUGAGAAUGGGAGGAUUUUGUUUGCCUUGGAUGGUACUCCUCUCCCUGUUGUGUUUCAGAAGAAGGAUGAUUAGUUUCAACAUUGUGGGGUUUACACUUGUUCAUGACAAGUUGUUUUCAUGGUAAUAAAAUAAGGAAUUGACAUAUACGGAGGGAGCUAUGAUCAUUCAUUUUCAUGGGAUGAAAUAAAGAUACAUGUAUUCAGUUUUCUGUUAUUGAUUUCUACAAUAAAAAGCUUCUUAUUGUUACGUGUA